CGCUAGAUGUCCCCCCGAUGUCAUACACUGUCAUGGUUGUCACAAUCUGUCACAGCUGGUCACAGCAAUACGCUGUUUCCAUACAUAGCCUUUCCUCAAAACCUUGCCCAAUGCGGACAAAGCCUCAAACCUCCUCCAGCUCAGCCAACGCUCGCUUUUCCCAUCCCAUCCCAACGUCGCCUGUCCCUGGCCGCCAGUCGCUGUUCUGUUCCUGAAGCCUUGUCAGCAUCGAAAACCUCAUCUUCUGCGACGUUCGAUGCUGGGGCGAUUCCACUCGUUUUGUGCGUCGAAUAUAUUCCCACUGGGUGCGAUACCCUGAAAUCCAUUAUUUCAAGACCCUUUUUUAUUCCCUUUUUUAGAUAUAUGUUUUGUCUCCCAUCUCUCUCUCCCUCACUCUGUGUUGUCCAUUCGUUCCCAUAAUAAUAAUAUCCAUACACGCCUGCUGUUGUUUUUUAUUCCUUUUCUCCUCCACGCAAAGCCCCUUCCUCACUGCUCCUGUCCGUUUUUCAGCCGCAGGCCAUUAGAAACAAACGUCCUAGCAGGGGCCAUUGCCUCGUAAACCCCUCCCGUUUUCGCCCCGAGCUAAACCGAGUAUCUCUGCCAGUCCAAGUUAAUAUCGGUUGGCUAAACGCCUCUGCGAUUCUUAGAAAUCUCCGUUCGAGGGCUGGUUGGACAACACCUUCGCUAUCGACUGAUCUUGUCAAACUUUUGUCUGCGUGCGUCCGUGGUGGGUAGCAUAGGUGUUGGAGCGGUGGUAUAACGAGUUCGGUCCUUUUAAAUCAGGAGUAACGCCCUUGGUAUUGCUCACUGAAUCUUUCACUCGCCAACAUGUCGCUUCCUCAGCGACCUCAGCGACCAAACGAUUCAUCUUCAAGACGAGAUGUCCAGCCACCUGGAUUUCGAGACUCAUCCCAACAACGGCGUCGUCCUGACCUCGAAUCCGGUGCAUAUGCAGAUAGCCCCCUGACACCCCCGCCUAAUUCACAGAGCAAUAACGGCUACUAUGCUAACCCUCAUGCGUCUCCUCGGGUAAACUCAGGAAAUGAUGAACCUGGCACAGGGAAUUCAAAGAAUUUGAAUCGGAAAAGGAGUUUGAUUCGACCGGAACGGACCCGCAUGGAUCGUCACCACCCGAACUAUCACUACCGCCAACAUGCGCAAAAUAUGGCUACAUUUCCUUCCACAACUGGCAACGAGCCAGUUCAUGAUAAUGGAGAGGCAGACACAAUGAGCUCAGGAAGCACAGAUAUAAAGAGCCUAACUAGGGGAGACCGGAAUAAUUCGGGCGCCGACUAUCCUGAUAAUGGAGAGCGCUCGGCGAAAUUACGAGGACGCCAUCCAUCACAACGGGAUAUAGGGAAACAUACGCAUAGAAAACUAUCGCGAAAGGAAUCCAAAGCUGCCAAGGAGGCAGAAAAGAGGCGCCAGGAAGAGCUAGAUACAAUAAAACCUCCAAGUUUGUGGAACGUAUAUUGCGGCAUGGUGACUUUUUGGUGUCCUGAUUUCGUCCUCAAAUGUUUUGGGAUGCCCGCGAAGGCCCAACGACGUGCUUGGCGAGAGAAAAUGGGUCUUAUCAGUAUCAUCCUGCUUAUUUGUACCUUCGUUGGAUUUCUUCACUUCGGUUUCACUCAGGUCGUUUGCGGCAGUCCGCCCGUGCGGCUUAAAAUAAACGAGGUCGAUAUCGGAAAUAUCAUCUUCCACGGAAAAGCAUAUAGUAUGCUGGACACCAAGCAUCCGGAAGCUCUUGGUAUCCCCGAUAGAACGAACGUCGCUUAUCCACCUGUUUCAUAUGGUGGUUUGGAUGCCAGCUUUUUGUUCCAAAACGUAAAUGGCGCAUGCAAAGGCCUUAUUACCGCGACACCGAACUCAAAUGUGCCCACGAACAGCGAAGGGGAACUGGCCUGGUACUUUCCAUGUGUUCCUUUUAAACAGGAUGGCUCCUCCCGGCCCAAUUUUACCGAACCACCGUACCUUGGUUACGCAUGCCAUACUUCUGGCCGUGCGAGAAAUACCUUCUAUCACGGCUUAAGGGCUCCGGCAGAUGUAUAUUUCACGUGGGAGGAGUUGAAGAACCAAUCUCGAAACCUGAUGGUAUAUUCCGGAAGUGUUCUUGAUUUGAAUCUACUGGAUUGGUUUGAUAGAAGCCAAGUUUCCGUUCCCCGACAAUUCGACGAGCUCAAGACAAAUCUGGCGGUUAGAGGAGUUGACGUGACGCAUAUGUUCCAAUCUGCCCCUGACAAACGACUAGCUAAAUGUUUGACCGAAAUCAUCAAGGUUGGGUCCAUCGACACGGAUUCCGUUGGCUGCAUCGCUUCCAAGGUAGUUCUGUAUAUCUCGUUGGCGUUUAUUCUAGCUGUCGUUGGGGCGAAAUUUGUCCUUGCUUUGGCAUUCCAGUGGUUCUUGGCCAGCCGUUUCGCUGCGAAGACCUCUGUAAACCCUAGUUCGACAAUGCGGAAGAAGCAAAUCGAAGAUUGGUCCGACGACAUUUAUCAGCCUGGCCCGCGUUUAACAGAACCUUCUUGGCCUGAUCGCGGCAGCAGACGUGGAAGCAGACUCAGCAGUGCCAUUUUCCCGACAACGUCUAGGUUCACUAGCCCUUAUGCAAUGGAUCGCGGAGCGUCAAAACAGCGCGCUGCACCCACUACCAUGGUUAGCCAGAAUGCGGGGCUUGCGAGCCCAAUGUACAAGACGGGUCAAAACACCAGCCGGGGAACUCUAAGCGCCGACCCGUACAGCCAGAGUAUCGUUGGUAGUCGCACCAGUCUAAUGCUUGGUGCACAAGAUCGACGAUACUCUAUAGCAGUUAGCGAGGCUGAUCCACCAGGUCUGACAGGGUUUAUUCACGAAUCGGUUGUUCCCCAACCUCCACCGGAAUGGCAGCCCUUCGGGUAUCCUCUGGCCCACGCAAUUUGUUUAGUGACAGCCUACUCUGAAGGCGCGGAGGGCCUACGCACGACACUAGAUUCUAUCGCCAUGACCGAUUACCCCAACAGCCACAAGACGAUUGUUGUCAUUUGCGACGGCUUGAUUAAAGGAGCAGGCGAGACUGUCACUACCCCUGACAUCACUCUUAGCAUGAUGAAAGAUUUUACUGUGUUUCCCGAGGAUGUCCAGGCUUUCUCCUAUGUUGCUGUUGCCAGCGGAGCAAAGAGACACAAUAUGGCCAAGAUUUAUACUGGAUUUUAUGACUACGGCGAACAAUCCGUUGUACCUCGCGACAAACAGCAGCGGGUGCCAAUGAUGGUUGUUGUGAAGUGCGGAACACCCGACGAGGCCCAGAAUAGCAAGCCGGGCAACAGAGGCAAACGUGACAGCCAAAUUAUUUUGAUGUCGUUCCUCCAAAAGGUCAUGUUCGAUGAACGAAUGACGGAGCUCGAGUUUGAGAUGUUCAAUGGAUUAUGGAAGAUUACGGGCAUAUCUCCGGAUUUCUACGAGGUCGUUCUCAUGGUUGAUGCAGACACAAAAGUAUUCCCAGACAGCUUGACGCACAUGAUCUCGGCCAUGGUCCAAGACCCAGAAAUCAUGGGCCUUUGUGGUGAGACAAAGAUCGCCAAUAAAACGGAGAGUUGGGUUACGAUGAUACAAGUCUUCGAGUAUUUCAUUUCCCAUCACCUUUCCAAGUCGUUCGAGUCUGUCUUCGGUGGUGUCACUUGCUUGCCAGGUUGCUUCUGCAUGUAUCGAAUCAAAGCUCCCAAGGGAGCGCAGAAUUACUGGGUGCCCAUUCUUGCAAACCCUGACGUAGUAGAGCAUUACUCGGAGAAUGUUGUCGACACUCUCCAUAAGAAGAAUCUUCUCUUACUUGGUGAGGACCGAUACCUGUCGACGCUUAUGUUGAAAACUUUCCCCAAACGAAAACAAGUUUUCGUGCCUCAAGCAGUCUGCAAAACGACGGUUCCGGAUAAAUUCAGCGUUCUUCUAUCCCAGCGCCGCCGGUGGAUCAACAGUACCGUACAUAACCUCAUGGAACUUAUCCUUGUACGCGAUCUCUGUGGUACCUUCUGCUUCAGCAUGCAGUUCGUGGUAUUCAUGGAACUAGUGGGAACACUGGUCCUGCCCGCCGCGAUCGCUUUCACUUUUUACGUCGUUAUCAUUUCUAUUAUCAGGAAGCCUGUCCAAAUCAUUCCUCUUAUCCUCUUGGCACUUAUUCUAGGCCUGCCGGCUGUCUUGAUCGUUGUGACCGCCCACCGUCUCUCCUACGUCGUGUGGAUGUUCAUUUACCUGCUCUCGUUGCCCAUAUGGAACUUUGUCCUGCCUACAUACUCCUACUGGAAAUUCGAUGACUUUAGCUGGGGUGAUACUCGUAAGACAGCGGGGGAGAAGACGAAGAAGGCUGGAAUCGAGUACGAGGGAGAGUUUGACAGUAGUAAGAUUACAAUGAAGCGAUGGGGUGAUUUCGAGAGGGAACGCCGUCUCAAACUUAUGGGUGCCACAUGGUCGCAAUCGCAGACCAAUGUAUCUGGUUAUCCACCGCACCAAUCCGUCUACGAACCCUAUGACUACUAGAAUAGAAAAGAUAUACUAAUUUCAUUCCCGGUGGAUUUCCGCCUCUUCAAUAUUCCGAGAGGUCAUGUCAAACACAUUCUAACAUGUCUCUUGUCUUGUCUUCGAUUUUCUUCCACCACAGCAUUGCCUUCAUAUUCAACCCUCCCCCUUUCUUGCCGUUGCAUGAGCCAUGAUAUUCAUUGCAAUUUAGGGCGUUAUUUAUGUUCCUCUUUUAUUUUAAUUUUAAAUUCUCCCCUGUCCCUCUCCCACUCAUGCUUUGCUCUGCGUUUCCUUGUAUCUUUUUUUGUUCGCCAUGUAUUUUGUUUUACUUUUUUCUAUUUUCCCCAUCUUAAAUCAAUCAGCCAUAUGAUAUCAUAAUACCUGUAUUUUUCUUAUCUAAUACCUACAUACAGCUUCUAUAUAACCCAACAAACGCUCUUUUUGCACUUCACCUUAAUUUUCUGUAUUCUUCCGACUUUCCAUGCUGCCUUCUCAGCAAAACUAUUGGUUUUACUCUGCUUGCUAGAACUCGACGUUACUUUGUUCAUCGUAUCACUCUCCUUUCAAUAUUUUGUAAUUUUUCAGUGGCUUGCUAAUAUGACAACAACAUUUCCUUGAGAGUUCUUAUAUCUCUGCUUGUCUCCAUUCACAGCUAGGGCCAUGUAAUGUACUUUGUAGAUGAUUUGUUUUCUUUCUCUCUUUCUUUAAACAGCCUUGUGUUCUCUUUGCAGCUCCAAUUUAUUUAUUUUUUUUCUACCUUUUGUUCUCUUACUAUCAGGUGAAUGGAGAAGUGGUGCCGUCAUUUUUUAUUUUUACAACAGCUAACGGCCCACAUUUGACCUUGCAUCUCAUUCCAGGAAAUCUUGCCAUCAGUAAAUCCACCUGUGUAGCACGCCCUUAACCAGCUUCCAUUCUCUUCACCUCCAACCUCCAAUUCUAGCAAAGUCGCAUCGCAUUUCCAAGAAGAAAAAUAUCACUUACCUUAUUCUACCCACGGUGCAGUGAGCGAGAAAAUAGCCAACGAACUCAUUUCUCAGUGCGGUAACCGCGGUAACCUCCUUGAAUCCCCCCCAAUUCCUUUCGAACCCCAGCCCCUCUAAGAACCGGACGCGGCCAUCCUCGUGUCGCCGCUGCUCGCCCGCGACAAUCCCUUUCCGCUCGCAAAGAGUGCGGAAACCGUCGCGAUGAAACCGAAGCCAGCGGAGACUGCAAACGAAAGGUUUAUGCCGUCAUGGUAGACCUGGCGUGCGGCCAUCUGGGCGUCUGCGGGUAGUUUGCCAAUUGUCAGAACGGAGUGUCUGAUUUCUUCGAUGAUCUAGAAUAAAGGUUUUUGGAAGAGGGGGGGAAGUGGGGAUGGUUUGGUCAGCUGCGGUGCUUCUAGCUAGGUUUGCUGAACGAAAGAUGAUACCGGAGGGUGGGGUUGGGAGAACGAGGAGAGGAGUAGGGUGGUUGGUUUGAGAAAUAGAGAAGAACUAAAAGAAAAGAGGAACGGAUCAGGUAGACUGUUGAAGCCGAGACGGCGUGGUCUAGUGAUGGGUUUCAUCAGCAUUAGAACUUAAGAAAAAGAGCGAUAUGGACAACAAAUAUGAAAUAUUCUCUGGUAGACAUACCAGAAUGGCCGAAAGCGGCGAGAACGGUGAACAGUAUAGCCGGAUAUACAAUCCCUUGCCCAAGACUGGCGGGAAUUAUAUAUGUGGUAUACUUCCAUUUGGCAGAGUCGAAUCCAAGUAGCAUGACGAGAGCGUUUCCAAUGAACAUGAGCAAUGCACCAAGGCGAACAAGAUUGGCUAGCUGACCCCAGCGCGACAUGACGAAACCGGAUAUAACACCGCCCGCAGGGGCGGCGAGGGAGGGUAUUAUCAGUCGUGCACCGGCGGUUGAGGCGGAAUCCUUCAGUACGACUUGGAAAAACAGUGGUAACAUGAAAAGGAACUGCGUUUAAUGUUAGGCCUAGUUGAUUCUUUUUUUGUUGGCUAUAGAGAGGACAUGGGAGCUUGACAUACCGCAUAGGCCGCCAAUCCCACGCAAAUGUUACUAAUUUGCGCCGACACCGCUAGCUUUCCUCGUAGCAUAUGUAGUGGAAUCACCGGCAUAGCCGAUGUGGUUGCUUCAACGUAUAAAAAGAGUCCUAGGAUAAGGACACUGGCAACGAGGGAUAAAAUAACCCAGGGACUGCUCCAGGGUAGCUCGUUGCCGCCCAAGUUGAGUCCCACAAGUUGGAUACUCAAUCCUAUAAUUAACAAGAAGGCACCUGACAGAUCGACACGGUUCCAAAUCGCGGACAGUGUUGCUUUGGGCGACGUCUCAUAAUCCGAGUUAUCAUAGUGCGUUUGGUUUUUAACUACCAGAUGACCGACUAUGAGAGCAAGAAUUGACACUGGCACUUGGAGUAGGAAACACCAUCGCCAUCCGAUUGUGUCUGCAAUCGACCCGCCCAACGAGGCACCGCAGAUUGAUCCAAACCCGUGCAGGACAUUUUGGACUGCUUGAUACAUUCCUCGGUCUUUGAAUGGGAUCAUGUCUGAGUUUAUUAUCGUCGCUAGAGAGGCAUUAUUUUGUUCCAUGUGUGAGGCAAGAAUGAAUACACAGGGGCGUAAAGUGAACGGAAAUUUUAGCUUGCUCUACGUACCCAUAGUCAUCAGCCCACCUCCUCCCAGUCCAGUCACCGCACGCAUCAGAUUUAGAAACACGAUGUCUGGGGCUAGAGCACAGCCCAAACAACCGAGCAUAAAGGCAAUGGUAGAUGUGAAGAAGCAAGAUCUCCGACCAAAAAUGUCAGAGAAGCGGCCGUAGAGGGGCUGGAACGCAGUACUUGUGAUCAGAUAGGAGGUCGUCAGCCAGGAGGCAUUGUUAGCAGCGUUGAACUCUGAGCUGAUUACAGCAUAGGUUGAAGCUGUAAUGGUCCCAUCAAAGCCCGAUAGGAAGACAUUUGCAAAAAUUGCUGUUGAUGUGCGGGUUAGCGAUGGUGAUCGUUUUGCGUGGAAUCGAGGGAUUCGUACCAACUUCGAUCCAUACAAAACCUUUGGGAGCAACCCAGGGUGUACUACUGGGGGUUGGUGUGAGAAAGGGUUCGCUCUCCAUAUUUGCAUCUACAGACCCUUCUCGUUCUUCAUCUCCAACAUAUGUCUCCAUCUCGUUGCCCGGUUCUUCAACUGCUGCUGUUUCACGGCAAUAAUUAAGCCUUUAUCAGGGCAGCUCACAGGAGCUCGUAGAAAUGUAUGUUCAAUAUGUUGUCGGCGGAGUUUUUGCGUCAGUGCUUCGAAUAUUUCCCAUCCAAGGCAAGUUGCUGUUCCUGAUCGAUAUAUCGUUCGUUGUGUGGGAUUCAUAAAUUUCCCCGCUGAUGGAUGAUGAUCUUUUCACUAUUUAUGCCGUUUAGUCAGAAAUUGAUAUUUAAAUCUGACUAACGCCGUUACUCAAGCGUAAAUCAAUCCAUUUGACCGCGCCCAACAUAAUAGGUGGAAUUGAGAUGAGGGUAAAUGCUUGAUAAAAUAGAAAAAUAUUUAAUUACGCAAAUUCUUGCUUGCCCAUAUCAGAGGGGAAGGUUUUCAUCUGCAUGGGUUACUUGGCUUACUAUCCAAUCUCCGAUGCUACUAUUUAUAAAAAUAGAUCCC